AUGGAACUGGAAAAACUGAAAGGACUUCAAGAUAUUACACUCGAUAAGAUAGAAUCUCAAAGUCAGAAGAUCAGAAAAGAGCAAGGUCAGAUAUGUUAUUCUGCUAUUCCAAAAAAUCGAAGAUUACUUAUUCUAACAGUAAUUACUUUGGGAGGAUUUUUGGGUCCAUUGUCAGGUAAUAUAUACAUACCAAUAUUACCUUUAUUAAGUAAAGUGUUUGCUGUAUCGCAAACAGUUAUGAAUGGUACAGUUUCCAUCUUCAUGAUUGGAUUUGCAUUUUUCCCUUUAUUUUGGGCUUCCAUGGCUGAUUUUGGUGGGAGAAAGAACCUUUAUAUAAUUUCACUAUUGUUCUUCUUACUAGCAAAUAUCUUAAUUAUCGUGGUUCCUCAAAAUAUUGGAGCCUUGUAUGUUUUAAGACUACUUCAAUCUUUUGGAGCUUCUAGUGUGACCACUUUGGGUAUCGGAACUGUAGUCGAUUUGGUCGAACCAAAGCACAGAGGGAAAUCAAUUGCAUUAUUUAUGUUGGGACCACAAUUGGGGCCUGUUAUUGGACCUAUAUUGAGUCUUUCAGCAUCUAAAGGUAAUUGGAGAUGGCCAUUUGGGAUCUUGUUGAUCAUAGGAGGAUUGGUCUAUUUAAUGAUUCUAUUCUUUGUUCCUGAAACCCUAAGAUAUCUCGUGGGGAAUGGUGAAAUAUAUGGUGGGAAAAAUUGGGUCAUUCUACCAAAAUUGUAUCAGAAAAAAGUUGUUGAUGAUCCACGUUAUGUCAAACCCCCUAAACCCGGCAUAAAAGUAUACUACAAACUUAUAAAGUACCCCCCAGUGCUCUUGUGUUCAAUCACCAGUGCUUUAUUAUUUGCUUGUUUUUAUGCUUUGAGUGUUUCGUUUUCUUCUAUUCUUGAAUCACAAUAUGACUUUUCCACAACUCAAGUAUGUUUGUCUUAUUUGUGUUUGGGAGGGUCAUUGAUCAUUGGGUCUCUUUUGAGUGGACGUUUCACCGAUAGAUACUAUAGGAAGAAAUCACAAUCGGAAGCUGGGUACGUACCAGAAGAUAGACUUGUGGUACAAUUAUUCGGAUUUAUUUCAUCCUUAGUAGGUUUGAUAUGUUAUGGAUGGAUGGUUCAAAUCAAAAGUCAUGUUGCUUUAAUCUAUGUGUUUUCAUUUCUUAGUGGUAUUGGAAUGACAUGGGUAUUUGUUAUUUGUAACACUUACCUAGCAGAAUCAAUAGAAGGAGCUCCAGCCACUCCCAUUGCAAUAGCCAAUGCUUUAAGAAAUGUUGCUGCCGCCAUAGCUUCUUUCAUAAUCUAUAAAUUAGAACAAGAACUUGGGUAUGGCUGGUGUUUUACAGGGUUGGGAUUAUUGAAUGUCAUCAAUAUUAUUCUUUUGAUAAGUUUAUGCGUUUGGGGUAGAAAAUGGAGAUCAAAUUUUACUAAAUAG